GAUGACCUAUCCGUGAGUUUAGCAGAAUCUUGGAAGGUAGAUCUGAAAUUCUGCCAACGGGUAUAUAAACCCCCCCUGCUUCUUCUUCUCAAGUAGUUGUUUGGUCGUGACUCUUCUUCUCAGCAGGUGUUAGACAAAAAAGAAGUACAAAAUGGUGAAGAUUUGUUGCAUAGGAGCUGGUUAUGUAGGUGGACCAACGAUGGCAGUCAUUGCCCUCAAGUGUCCAGAUAUUGAGGUAGCUGUAGUUGAUAUCUCUGUUCCUCGUAUUAAUGCUUGGAACAGUGAACAACUUCCAAUCUAUGAGCCAGGUCUUGAUGAUGUGGUUAAGCAGUGUCGAGGAAGGAAUUUGUUUUUCAGCACUGAUGUGGAGAAGCAUGUGCGUGAGGCUGAUAUUAUUUUUGUUUCUGUUAACACCCCAACCAAGACUAGGGGACUUGGAGCAGGGAAAGCUGCGGAUCUAACUUACUGGGAGAGUGCAGCUCGUAUGAUCGCUGAUGUAUCUAGAUCAGAUAAGAUCGUUGUUGAGAAAUCAACAGUUCCUGUCAAAACAGCUGAAGCAAUUGAGAAGAUCUUGACCCAUAACAGCAAGGGAAUUAAGUUUCAAAUCCUGUCAAACCCGGAAUUCCUUGCGGAGGGGACUGCGAUCGAGGAUCUCUUUCAACCAGACCGUGUCCUAAUCGGAGGCAGGGAUACUCCUGAUGGGCAGAAGGCAAUUCAAGCGCUGAAGUCCGUUUAUGCCCAUUGGGUCCCAGAGAGUAACAUCAUAUGCACCAAUCUCUGGUCUGCAGAGCUGUCUAAGCUGGCUGCGAAUGCUUUCUUAGCCCAGAGGAUCUCAUCCGUCAAUGCCAUGUCUGCCCUCUGUGAGGCCACCGGAGCUGAUGUCACCCAAGUGUCUUACGCUGUGGGUAAGGACACUAGAAUCGGUCCAAAGUUCUUGAACGCUAGCGUCGGUUUUGGUGGGUCUUGCUUCCAGAAGGAUAUCUUGAACCUGGUUUACAUCUGCGAAUGCAAUGGCUUACCUGAAGUGGCGGAAUACUGGAAACAGGUGAUCAAGAUCAACGACUAUCAGAAGAGUAGAUUCGUUAACCGAGUGGUAUCCUCCAUGUUCAACUCUGUCUCAAACAAGAAGGUUGCGAUUCUUGGCUUCGCGUUUAAGAAGGACACUGGUGAUACUAGAGAGACCCCUGCUAUAGAUGUUUGCAAGGGUCUUCUUGAGGAUAAGGCUCGCUUGAGCAUAUACGAUCCACAAGUGUCUGAGGACCAGAUCCAACGUGAUCUGACCAUGAAGAAGUUUGAUUGGGACCAUCCUCUUCACCUGCAACCUAUGAGCCCAACUACUGUGAAGCAAGUGAGUGUGGUGUGGGAUGCUUAUGCUGCGACUAAAGAUGCUCAUGGCUUGUGCAUACUGACUGAGUGGAGCGAGUUCAAGACUCUUGAUUAUCAGAAGAUUUACGAUAACAUGCAGAAACCAGCAUUUGUUUUCGAUGGAAGGAAUGUUGUUGAUGCUGAGAAGCUAAGGGAGAUUGGUUUCAUUGUUUAUUCAAUUGGUAAGCCUAUUGAUGCUUGGUUGAAGGACAUGCCUGCUGUGGCCUAGACAGACAGACAGACAAACUCAAAACAAAUCUAUGAUGGGUUCUUUGAUAUAUCUAAUUUUCUAGUUUCUCUGAUUAUUGUCUUUGUUGAUUAAGUAAAGAUACUUGUUUUAUAAUAUGGUGAUUUCUGUUUUGUUUUUUUAGUGCACAAGUUUACUUGUAGCAUUGAGAUUAAAUUGAUAUUAA